AUGUCACUGAUGCGUUACCUGACCCCAUCCAAAUUUCUCGUUGUUUGUGCAGCAGUCUUGAUGGUGAUAUUAAUGAUCCUCAUCAUUGAUCUCACAUUCAGUUGCAACAGUGAAGAGCUUGCCUCUACCAAACGACUGCUGCAGAAAUACUCAGAUCAGCUGCAGACAUUGAAGACUGAGCAUGUCUUGAUGGCCCACAAGUUAAGAGAAACUGAACUACAGUUGGCCACAGGUGGUACAAAUAGAUUGUCCAACUGGGUCAGCGGCUUACCUGUAAUUUAUUUGAUCACUCCCACGUACACCAGACUUGAACAGAAAGCCGAGCUGACCAGACUCAGUCACACCUUGAUGCUUGUUAAAAACAUUCACUGGAUUGUUAUAGAAGAUUCUGAAAGCCAGACAGAUUUAGUUGCCAGAUUUUUAAAACAGACAGGCCUAAACUACACACAUUUAAAUGUGCCAACGCCAGCAGAGUUUAAGUUAAAUAUGGAUGAUCCUAAUUGGCUGAAACCAAGGGGCGUCUUACAGAGAAAUGCUGGAUUAGAAUGGCUGCGGAGAAAUACAUCACCUCGCAGACAACCUGGUGUGGUAUAUUUUGCAGAUGAUGAUAAUACAUACAGUUUAAAGUUAUUUGAUGAGAUGAGAUUUACAAAAAAAGUGUCAGUAUGGCCAGUGGGACUGGUUGGUUAUUUAAGAUACGAGAAACCAAUUGUCCAAAACGGUAAAGUCAUCGCUUGGUUCACCUACUGGAAACCGAACCGCCCCUUUCCCAUGGACAUGGCUGGGUUUGCCAUCAACCUGCAGUUGCUGCAUGAUCACCCGGAGGCAGCAUUCACAAACUCUGUACAGCGGGGCUACCAGGAGUCCACCCUACUCUCAGGGCUGAAGAUUUCCCAGGAUGACCUGGAGCCUAAGGCAAACAUGUGUUCAGAGGUUUUAGUGUGGCACACAAGGACAGAGAAAAGCAAGACAAGAAAUGAAGACAAUAUGAUAAGGAAGUACGGCAGAGGUUCGGACCCCAGAGUUGAAGUCUGA